UUGUUGUUUUUAGGUUAAUUAAAGAUAGAAACUAAACGCAGCGAUGAAUAGUGACAAGUUGUAUUCAUUACUGUUGACAAUUAUUUUGUUAUUUUAACUCGUUCUAAAUGUAACCACUAAAUUUUCGUCUAUUUAACUGCCUCAUGAUACAUGUUUGCUCGUGUUAAGAAGGCAUGAGCAACAGAACCACUACAGAUGACUUGGAAAUAGUCAAAGAAACUCUGAAAGCUUUAAAAGAAGACAUUCUUUCGAAAUUCGACGAAGUCUUAGAAUCCAGUAGAAAGCAAAUGGAAGAAGUCGUUGACAUAGUUAAAAAGACGGUCGAUGAGACAAUUAAAAAACAGGGUACUAAUUCGGAAUGCUUGAUCAAAGAUAUUUUUACUGAAGCUUCCAUACAGGUCAAACAGGUGCAAAUGGACACCGAGCAAACUUUAACUACCGUGUGGGCCACGUCAUCUGCUAUAAUUCAGUCCGUUAGCAAAACAGCAAUAUCGGCCACUGAAAAUUUAAAAGAGGAAGAUGUAAUUGCUUUCGUUGAAAGUAUAGUCGCUUUUUUUGAAUCUGUUUUAAAUGAAUUGAUAGAGCAUCUCAGCGUAAUGACUAUAAUGUGUUUAAACGAAUUGGACGAUAUAAACAAGACGUAUAUGCAAAAGAUCAAAAAAGAGUAAAAAUAUUUCUUUCUCAUAGAAUAAUGUAAAAGUCCAUUAUAAUUAUUUCAUGAAAAUGACUAUAUUUUUUUAUAGGCACAGUUUACUUGUACGGUAUUCCUAAUGUGGUUCUGUUAACAGAUAAUGAUGAAUAAAAUUUAUUACAUUUCCUCAAUGUUUAUGGGUAAAAUAAAAAAUGUAAA